CGUUUUGAGCGGCGUCGACGUCGGUUGGUCUCUUCUACGUGCUGCAGACAGGACAGACCUCCAGGACAGCACCCGUUGUGUCAGUUAGUUAGUUAGUUAGUUUGUGUGUGAUUUGCCUGAACUCCCGGUCGUCAGGACGUGAAAAAAAGUCUCGGGAAAUAAAAAUCUAAAGCGAAGUUUGCCGUUCCUUGCUCGCCAUUGUUUGAAGCUGAAGCUUUCAGCUGCUGCAACGGCAACGGCAACGUGACGGAAUUGUUUUUAAUUAUUCUGACGGCGAAUGCAAUUAAAAAAUUUGACGCCCAGUUGGAGCGUUCUGGCUUCAAAAAGAGGAUCAUUACUGCAUACUAUUUAAAGUGGCGCUCUUUAACGUUAAUUCCUCCCCACCAUUCACUUAUUCAGGCACAUUAUUAUCGUUGUUGUGAUUGUGUUUUUGUGGCAACAACUUUUGCCGUCCUUUGUGUUGAUUUAUGUGUGUUUUGCUGUUUGCUGUGUCCCUUAUGGCAUAGAGCAUAGUGCAGUCGUCGUGUAAGGACUCGUGGCAUGGCACUAAAACUUGCACUACAACUUUCCUGAUUUCCCUGUAUGUAGAGCUGAGCGAAAGAAGAAAACCAAAAUCAACCAGUGAGAAGCAUUCAAAUAAACUAGGCAUAACAUCAACGACAACAACGAAAGUCCAGAGUCCCAAUCCCAGUCCCAGUGACAAAGCUAAAGUAAUCCGCAUAAGCCAGAGAUGUCGUUUAAGCUAUUGCGUCGCGGCUCGGCGCGAUGCAUUGGCUUGCUGUCAGCAUUUGUGACGAUCUUGCUCUGUUUGUAUUAUAUUUCGAUUGGUCAGCCGAAUCCCACACACAUUCCCGACGCCAAUACAGUCGGAUUGCCUGUGAGUCUGAGUCGCGUUCAAUCCCCACCAGCGGCUGCUUUGAAUGCCUUCAGUGUGGUCAACAGCAACCCUGUUGCCCAGCAGCAUCGUCAGCCUCAGAGCAUCGCCAAGGAAGCGGCACAGCAAACUACAGUCGCGAAACAUGGCAAGCUCAAGGCUGAGGAUGAGCAGGAGGUGCCACGGAAUGUCAAUUGGGGAGACAAGUGUUACAUGCUGCUUCAGAGCGAGACCAACAUUACAUCGGCCGAGGAGCACAGCAGAUUUGAUUUCCAGCCGGAAUGGAUGCGCUCCAAAGAGUAUUGGGAUCGAGGCUUUGAGGAACGAUACGAGGCGCAGAAAAAGGACAAACAACGACCACCUUUGAAGGUCAUUGUUGUGCCACAUUCCCACAACGAUCCAGGCUGGUUGAAGACUUUCUUCGACUACUUCCAAACGGACUCACGACAAAUUCUCAAUCUGCUGGUGACCAAAAUGCAGCAAUACAAGGACAUGACCUUCAUCUGGUCAGAGAUUAGCUUCCUGCAACUGUGGUGGGACCAAGCACACCCCACCAAGCAGCGCGCGUUCAAGCAUCUGGUCAACACUGGACGCAUUGAGAUCACCACCGGUGGCUGGGUAAUGACCGACGAGGCCAACGUACACAUUUAUCCCAUGCUGGAUCAGCUCAUCGAGGGCCAUCAAUGGCUCAAAAACAAUUUGAAUGUGACGCCCAAGGUGGGCUGGUCCAUCGAUCCCUUCGGACACGGCAGCACAGUACCGUAUCUGCUGUCAGGAGCACAGUUCGAGGGCACCAUCAUUCAGCGCAUACAUUAUGCAUGGAAGGAAUGGUUUGCCCGACAGCAGACGGGUGAUUUCAUCUGGACACCCUACUGGCGCUCUGCUAAGGGCCAGGGCAAAUUACUGACCCACAACAUGCCUUUUGACAUCUAUUCGAUUAAGGGUUCCUGUGGUCCACAUCCCUCCAUAUGCCUCAAUUUUGAUUUUCGCAAAAUUCCGGGCGAGUACACGGAAUACUCGCUGAAGGCGCAAUACAUCACCGACGACAAUGUGGAGGAGAAAGCGCAGCUACUGCUGGAGCAAUAUGGACGUACCGCCUCCUUGUUUCCACACAAUGUAGCGCUGAUACCCAUUGGCGAUGAUUUCCGCUACAACAAGGAGCGAGAGGUGGAUCAGCAGUAUCAUAACUACAAGAAGCUCAUCAGUCACAUCAUGGCCAACAAGCGAUUGUAUAAUGUGGACAUUAAGUUUGGCACGCCCACCGAUUACUUUCAGGCAAUAAAGCAACGCAUGGGCGACAAACCAUUCCCCAGCUUCAAGGGUGAUUUCUUUGUUUACUCGGACAUCUUCUCCGAAGGAAGGCCCGCCUACUGGUCUGGCUAUUUCAGCACACGCCCCUUCUACAAGCUGCUCAGCUCCGAGUUGGAGCACAAUUUACGCGCUGCUGAGAUAAUCUUUACCAUUGCCUACAAUACAGCGCGUCAGGAGCGACACGAGGAUUCCAUCAAGAUAUAUGAGAAAAACUAUGAGCAGAUCACACACGCCAGACGCAAUCUCGGCCUGUUCCAGCACCAUGACGCUAUCACAGGCACCUCAAAGGCAGCUGUGAUGCGAGACUACGCCAUGCGACUAUUCGACAGCACCCAGAACAUGAUUCGCAUGCAGGAGGCGUGCAUAGAGCUGCUGCUACAGAAUGCCAGCUCGCAUAAUCAUGGAUUCCUGCUCAACGAAUACGAGCGCGACAAUUUCAGCAAGUUGCCACGCAAGAUGCCCUUGCAGCUGGUCAGUCCAGGAGCAAUAGGAAGCGAUGAAGCCACUACCACAACAUCGGGAGGUGCAGCCGCUGCGCCAGCUAAAAAUGCCGAAGCCAGCUUCGUGGUUUACAAUUCGCUCGCCCAGAAGCGCAUUGAGAUUGUUGCUGUGCGUGUGCAGCAUCCAAAUGUGCGCAUCUUCAACGACCAGGGCGUGGAGCUGAAGCACAUUCAAAUCAAUCCCGUGUGGAACAUUACGGAUAUCUAUGAGCAGGCUUACAAUGACAUGCUUAACGCUGGCGCAGCAAACGCAGGUCGCAUUCGCACCUCCAGGCGACAAUAUGAAGUGCUGUUUGUGGCCGAGUUGGAGCCGUUGUCGUUGACAACGUAUCGCGUGCAAGUGGAUGAGUUCAACUACAAGCGAAAUAUUGCCACGGUUUACUGCGACGACUGCACUGACAAGCCGGAAACGGGAUCAUCUACAGCCACACCAGGAGGGUCCAACCCUAAUGUCUUUGAAGCACGCGCCAAGCCAGCUGGCGACAUUCAGCUGGAGAAUCCCAGCAUGCGUUUGCUGUUCGACGAGAAGACCGGUUUCCUCAAGACCAUCACCCGAAAGAACAAACAACAACAGCUGCUGCAACCGAUGCAAUGCGCCAUCAAAUUUGCAGCCUAUCGAAGUGCGCAGUUCCAUUCGGGCGCAUAUUUGUUUAAGACAGACCCAGAGCAAAGUGAGGCCGAGAAGGAUGUGUUGGAGCAGUACGAGGAUGUGCGCAUUAUCAUCACCUCGGGGCCAAUUGCUAGCGAUGUGACUGUCAUCUAUGGGCCCUUCAUGGCGCACACUGUGCGCAUUUUCAAUACACGAACUCAUUUGGAUGCAGCGAUUUACAUUGAGAACGAUAUUGACUUUGAACCGCCACCAAAGAAUCGAGAAACUGAGCUGUUUAUGCGACUCGUGACGAAUAUUGACAACAUUGCACCAGCACCAUUGCAACGCGAUCCGCUUAAGGAACCGGCAGAGCCGAGCAGCAUGCCCGAACUGCCCGUAUUCUAUAGCGAUCAGAAUGGGUUCCAGUAUCAUGAACGCAUCAAGGUGCCAGCCAUUGGCAUUGAGGGAAACUAUUUCCCCAUCACUUCCGGCGCUUUUCUCCAGGAUACCCACCAGCGUCUGACGCUGCUGACCACACAUGCUCAGGGUGCUGCAAGCUAUGAGCCAGGUCAACUGGAGGUUAUGCUCGAUCGUCGCACGCUGUACGAUGACUAUCGUGGCAUGGGCGAAGGUGUUGUCGACAGUCGCCUCACGCGUCACAAAUUCUGGCUACUUGUCGAGGACAUGCCUUCGGGUCAUCAUGUAGACAAGCCGCCCAGCUACAAAGUGUUAAGCUUGCAGGCUCAACAGUUGGCAAACGCGUUGCGCUACCCGCCGAAUCUCUACUUUUUGAGUAACUUUGAACAACCACAGCCGGCGCUGCAUACGUUGGUUCGUCUACUGCCACAUGGAGCGCUGCCAUGCGAUGUGCAUUUGACCACAUUGCGCACACUCUCCGACGCUCAACUCCAGAUGUUUCCAUCCGCAUCGGCGCUGUUGGUGCUGCACCGACAGGGCUUCGACUGCAGCGUCAGCUCACAGCAGGUGGACAUGAAUAGCGUGUGCCCACAAAUGGGCAAUGGCCUGGGCUCAGUUCGCUUUGGGGAUUUGCGACUAAAUUCCAUCGAAUCCACCAGCCUGACGGGCAUGUCGCAACAUAAACCACACCUAUUACGUUCGCUGGCACAGAUCACCCUGGAACCCAUGGAGUUACGAACAUAUAAUCUCACUUUCCGUGGGGAGCUGUAAAACCCACCAGUUAGAUAACCAACCAACAACCAGACAGCAAGUAAAGCGUUUCUGUUCUCAAUGUAUCUCAUUCGAAUCUAGAUCCUAAGUAAAUAUUUAUGUUCUUUAUUUGAUGUUUAGUUAGGCUUAGGUUUACAUUUAAAGGACGGACAUGUGCAUAUUAUUUAGCUUUAUUUACACAGCUCUCUCCGUGUCUCGCAUUCUAGCUCACAUUUUGAAGUACAAAGCCCAAUAGCAUAGAUAAAUAUUCAUACUGACCACAAUUACCUAAAUAUGCGAAGGAUUAUAGACAUUUCAACUGCCCAUUAGCAUUCCGUUUCGUAACUCUUCUCUCUUUAAUAUUCUUUCACUGUCUGCACUGUCCACAUUUCGUGCAAUAUGUUUUAUAAUCGAAUUCCUUAAUUUACGUGUACAUUAUAGUCUAAAUUGCUAACUUGAAAUCAAUAGCAGAAUCAUAGCAGGCAAUUAAAUAUAUGAUAGUUAUCUUUGCCUGUUCGAGUUUGACGGUAGCUCAAUGUAUAGAGCUUAAAAGUUAUUAGAGACUUGAUUCACAAGUACAUAACAUAGUAUAAAGACAUAUAGCCGCAAAUAUUUAGCCAGCGAAUUAGACAAUUUUUGUUUGUUUUUAGCAAUAAAUGUUAUUUUUGUUGCCUUCUAUUUAAUUUGAUUAGACUGAUUAGCUUAAAAUAUUUGCAAAAUGCUUCUGCUUAUUUAGCAAAAAUUUUUGGUGGUAUCAAAAUCAUCAUCAUCAUGAUCACAUUACGACUAGAAUCUCAAUUACAAAUCAAAACAUAGACAUCUUUAUUCAUAAAUCUCUUGGACAUAAUUUAAGAUUUUUAAUCGACGAUGGAUAGCAAAAAGUUAAGCCAAAUAUUGAAAUACAUUUAUACUUGACAAAUAUAAAUAAAUAUUUACAUUUAUAUAUACAUACAUACUAGUUACAUAAACAUAAAUUUUAAGGCGCCUGAACGCUCGUUUUGUAAAUACAUCUAAAUGGCACGGUAAAAGAUAGCUCUAAAACAAUCUAAACUAAUCCACAUAGGCUAAGCCACAACUAGAGUAGUGUUGUACUUGUACUGCAAACUAAAUGAACCUUUGAGACAUACUUACACACAUAAAUACAGAAACGAUGCAUAG